GAACUGAAAUCAAAACAAGUCCUCAGUGUGUUACACAACUUCUUUUAAAAGGGUGUUAGGCUGCCCCACCCUAGUACACUUCCACCUCAACACUAGCACCAUACUAAUUUGGCAUCAACAUUAAUCUAAAGUCCCAUGUUAAUGAAAACCCUCUGAAUACUAAACAUUUAACUGUUUCAGCAGCUGCAAGUUGCUGAUCUUAAAUAUUGUGGUCGUCACAUCAUGCAAUAAGAGUACAAUACUGAAAGUUCUCUCAUACCGUCUUAAGCAACUGCACAACUUUCACUUCCUCCUGUACCUCGACACCACCACCAUGUGUGCAGCCACUGAGUGCAUGGAAAUCAGCUGUUGUGUACCUGCAUGGUUCCAGCUUUCAUUUGCAUCCUGUGCAUAUACGCACCACACUCAGCUACACCAUUAAAAUUUAACAACAGCUCACAGGCAUAUAGCCACGUCUCAGAGCUCCUCAAAGGAAACACACAUCAUUACAGAUCAACAGCAACCGCACAUGUGCUCACCCCCUUCCCCUUUUUCUAAUCUGCAUGUUUGACUCAAUCUGGAGAAAUGUGGAACAUAGAAGAUAGAUGUGAAACAGCACGCAGUAAUUGCAGUAUAGCCGGGGUCUCUUGAAAGAAUGGGAAAUACCAAUAGGGCUGUAAUGAACCAUUCCCAUCUAUUCAUCACACCCACAGAUACUGGCAGCAGCUCGGAAAGAAAAAAGAAGAUGUGGGGGAGAUUCUGUUCAUUAACCUACAAGUUCAACCUGUCGGGAAGUUCAGUCUUAAACCUCAAAGAAGAAGAAGAAGAGAUGUCAUCCACCUGGCUUGCACCAAGAGAAGAGCUCUUCUGUCCUGUCUGCCAGGACAUCUUUAAAGACCCUGUUCUCCUCCGUUGCAGCCACAGCUUCUGCAAAGUCUGCGUGCAGACAUGGUGGAGAACCCAGCAACGACGUGAGUGUCCAGUCUGCAGAGUGUCUUCCACUAAGGUGCUACCAAGUAACCGAGUGUUGAAGAACCUGUGCGAGGCGUUUCAGCUGGAGGUGGACUCAGGUGUCUACUGCAGCCUCCACAACGAGAGGCUGAAGCUGUUCUGCAGAGACCACCAGACCCCCAUCUGUGUAGUCUGCAAAGAGUCCAACCUGCACAGAAACCACUGCUUCACCCCUUCAGACGAGGCUGCACAGACUCACAGAGAUGAUCUCCAGGAGUACGUGAGUUCUUUACAAGAGAAAGUGAAACUCUUCAGUGAAGUGAAAGUAAACUGCGAGAAAACACAUGAAGAAAUCAAGAAACAAGCUCUGGACACAGAGAUGAAGAUAACAGAGGAGUUUGAGGUGCUUCAGCAGUUUCUGCUCAGAGAGAAAGAGGUCAGGAUUGCAGCAUUAAAGGAAGAAGAAGAGUAUAAGAGGGAGAUGAUGAAGGACAAGAUUGCACUUUUGACUGGUGAGGUAAACACCUUGGAAAGUACCAUAAACACCAUAGAGGGAGGGAUGAGAGAAAAUGACACAUCCUUUCUUUUUAAAGUGAAAGCUUUAAGGAGCGCAGCUCAGCGUCCCCUGCCUGAGGACCCAGAGCCGGUCACAGGGGCCCUGAUCCACGUUGCCAAAUACCUGGGAAACAUGAGCUUCAAUGUGUGGUGCAAAAUGAAAGAGAUAGUGUCAUACACGCCUGUGAUCCUGAACCCCAACACCACCCAUCCAGAGCUCCACCUGUCUGAAGGGUUAACCAGUGUGAGAUAUGGACCAGAACAGACUGUCGCUCCAACCCCGGAGAGGAUGGAGCAACACCGCAGUGUGAUGGGAGUUGAGGGCUUCGUGUCUGGGAGUCACAGCUGGGACGUGGAGGUCGGGGAUAACCGUGUGUGGGCUCUGGGUGUGAUGGCACCGGACGCUCAGAGGAUGGGAAACGUGCUGUCUGGGUUAUGGAUGGUGAGGUCCUGUAAUGGUAAACUCACAGCGUUCUCCCCAUCGUGCCCGGUGUCUGUGCUGAAGGGCCGGCUGAAGGGCCGGCUCCUGAGGGUCAGAGUGCACCUGGACUGGGACAGAGGGAGGCUAUCCUUCCUGGAUCUAGAUACGAACACAGUCGUACACACCUUCACACACACAUUCACCGACAGGCUGGUUCCGUACUUCAACACCUGGAGCGACGUCCCACUGAAGAUACUCCCUUUGAAUCUCUCUGUGACAACAACGCAGGAGCUGGAGGAUUACGAGAUCAAAACGAUCUGGUGAUGGAGAGAGCGGUGUCGGUUGUCAUAACCUUCCAUUACUCACAGACUAAUUGACAGAUACAGGUGUCUGCUAACAAUUUAUCACGUUCUUUGGAGCCAAACCCAAACAUGAAAAGGCACAAUUUCGUUAAAUGUACAAGGAGUGCAUUUUCCCCAAAUUCUGCCUCCCCAGGACAGUUGGGACACCUUGUUCUGGGUUAAAAUGAUCAUUUAAAUUGAAUAAAUUACAGUCUGAUUUUGAACAUCUUAUAUUUACAGUGUCACCUGUCCACACAUUUCUUUGUGAAAAUAGGAAACAUUUGUAAAAAUGACUAUUUUCAUAAGUUGGUGAUGGGGAGAGCGGAAUCAGUUUUGUAUUAAUACUAAAUAACCUUCAAUUACUCACGUACUUGAACCAUAAUGAAGAUAAUUUGAUCCCUGGACAGGUACAGGUGUCUGCUAACAAUUUAUUUAUUUUUUUUUUUUUUGAGCCCAAACCAAACGUGAAAGGUAAAAUUUUGUUAAGUGUACAAGGAGUGCAUUUUUCCUAAAAUUUGGCCUUUGAACACCCUAUAUCAACAAUACCACUUGUUCACACAUUUCUUUGAGAAAAAGAAACAAUUAGAAACCAAAACAUGGGAAAAAUAGGGUCCACGUUGAAAAAUACCAAAGUUACCCUUUAAUAAUAGUAAUUGUAUAUUCAGAGAUGUGUGCAAUCAAUGUAAAAUAGCCUCAAAACUACCAACAUGCUGUAUUUCUAACUGAAAACAUUGUGCAGAACUGCAGAAAUAUGAAUGGUCUAAUGAUAAUGACGGUGUCGAGGUGUGGUUAGACCAUAUACUUUAUACUACACCUGUGAAUGGAAAUGCUAAAGCUGCACUGGGGACCUUUUCCAGCUUAACUAAAUGGUAGCAGAAUUACUCAAUUUGAGUAGUUGGACACUUUAUUACUGUUUUGUAUUUGUAUUUUUCACUUUGUUAACAUACCAUCAAGGUGGCGGUACUGUUAUGGCCACGUAUACUGUUGCAAUGAAUUAACAAUUUAAAAGUUUUGAUUGAUUGUAUUUUUUCUUUUUGCAUUUCUCUGCCACACCGGAGUGCCUUAUUUUGUCAUUAAAACUACGUUAAUAUGCAUAACUUUGUGAAGAACUUAUGUAAGGAAAAAAAUAUAAACAAAAACAAUAAAACACGUUAUCUCUGAAAAAGA